AUGGAUAUUAGUCAGGUAAAAGAACAAUUUGUAACGGCCGCACAUGCGCACCAAGGAUCGACGACACAGGCGUACGAGAAUGGAUCACGAAAAGAAAUGAUGAAUAGCUGUUCUAAUGGAUGUAACCUGAGGUUGACAUACUCGUUCUCCCUUGACAAUGCAAGGACUUGCGAGUUUCCGCAGACGGAGAUAAGUGUCUUGAACUCAAAGCCUUUCGAUUUGGUGCUGGUCAGCCUCAGCUCCUUGGUCCGACCGGACUCCUACCUCCGUCAUUCAGGCUUGAUCUGCAUUCGAAAGUUCAUCCGACUGCCAAUGCACGUCGCUCUCAAGCUCGGCGAUACGAUAGUCGCUUUUUAUCGUAGGAUGAAGUCCGAUAGAAAUAAAAUCACAUUCACACUCACUCACACUCACACCCACACCAACACUUAA